CAGACCGAUACAGUGCGCAUGCGUAAGCCACGUAUCACUGUUCCCGUGAAGUGUCGCGUAGUUUGCGGCGCAGCUGUAUGUGUGCUGCUUUUGCUAGUCUGGACUCUAAAAAUCAGGGCCGCUCAAACGGAGGAGAGGAAGGGGCUUGUUGGUGUGUUUCUCUGCAAUGGCUGGACAGCAGUUUCAGUAUGAUGACAGCGGCAACACAUUCUUCUACUUCCUCACGUCCUUCGUGGGACUGAUCGUCAUCCCGGCUACCUAUUACUUCUGGCCCCGGGAUCAGAACGCGGAGCAACUCCGAUUAAAAACUUUGAGAAGAGUGCAUGGAAGGUGUUUGUGGUACCGGUUGCGGUUGAUGAAAUCACAACAAAGCAUUAUUCCAACACUAAAGAAGGUUGCCCUACUUCUAGGUUGGGCACUAUUUUUGUUCCUAGCCUACAAAGUUUCAAAAAUAGACAGAGAAUAUCAAGAAUACAACCCUUACGAGGUCCUAAGCUUAGACCCGGGAGCGUCUAUCUCUGAAAUUAAAAGGCAGUACCGACUGCUGUCGCUCAAGUUCCAUCCAGAUAAGGGAGGAGAUGAGGUGAUGUUUAUGAGGAUUGCUAAGGCUUAUGCUGCUUUAACAAAUGAAGAGUCUCGGAACAACUGGCAAAAGUACGGCAACCCCGAUGGUCCGCAAGCUACAAGUUUUGGUAUUGCUUUACCUGCUUGGAUUGUGGACCAGAAAAAUUCCAUGCUGGUCUUGCUUGUGUACGGACUAGCUUUUAUGGUUAUCCUUCCUGUUGUCGUGGGUACUUGGUGGUAUCGGUCAAUACGCUACAGUGGAGACCAGAUUCUUAUCAACACAACACAGCUCUUCAUGCACUUUAUGUAUAAAACUCCAAACAUGAACAUGAAACGCUUAGGAAUGGUUCUGACAGCAGCUUUUGAAUUUGACCCACGCAAUAACAAGGAGGCAACAAUUAGACCAACAGAUAACACCGAAGUUCCUCAGCUCAUUCGGGACCUUGGAAAUAUCAAUGUCAAGAAGAAGGAGCCUCCUUUUUGCUACCCAUACAGUCUGAAGGCCAGAGUCCUCAUGCUUUCUCAUCUUGCCAGAAUGGAGGUGUCGGAGAACACGGAAGAAGAUCAACGGUUUGUUGUGAGAAAGAUACCUGCACUUCUGCAAGAAAUGAUUAACGUCGGCUGUCAGCUUACUGUGAUGGCAAAUAGCCGUGGGGGACUUCAUGUCCCUCGCUUGGUGUCCAUUGAGAACUGUAUGAAACUCUCCCAGAUGAUCGUGCAGGGCCUGCAAGAAUCCAAGUCUCCAUUGCUGCAGCUCCCACACUUUGAAGAGGAGCAUCUGAGAUACUGCGUUUCUAAAAAAUACAAAGUGAGAAGCAUCUUGGACCUGGUUAGUUUGAAAGACUCUGACCGAAGGAGUAUGCUGCGCUUCCUUGGGGAGGAGAAAUACGAUGAAGUUAUGGCAGUUCUUGGAAGUUUUCCCAACAUUACAGUGGAUAUAAAGCUUCAAGUGCUAGAUGAUGAGGACAGCCAUAACAUUACAGCAGGGUCCAUUGUUACAGUCACUGUCACACUAACAAGGAAAAGAAUGCUGGAUUUCUUUGAAAAGGAGCAGGAACAAGUGUGUGCACCAGAGGAUCCUAAUACAGAAGAGGGGCAAGGAGACGUCGGCAAAAACAAAAGCAAGGUAUGGCAGAAUAAGAACAAAGCUGCCAAGAAGACAUCGAAGUCAAAGAAAAAGAAAUUGUCUAAGAAGAAAGCCCCUUCUCAGCCGCAGAAACAGGACAAGCAGAAACAGGCGAACGGGACAGUUGCUGGCAAUGAGGGUGCCCCUUUGACUAAGGAGGAAGAGGAUGAGGUUUCGGACAAGGGUAGUGAUUCAGAGGAGGGGGAGACCAACAAAGACUCUCCGAGUGAGAGAGACGAUGAGAGUGACAAGCAGAGCGACACUGAACCAGACGAAAUGGGUGGGGAUGAUGAAGAGGAGUGGAAAGUACUACAGCAGAGUAUCCAGCGAAGAGAAAAGGCCCUUUUAGAGACGAAAUCAAAGAUCACACAUCCCGUUUAUAGCUUGUACUUCCCUGAGGAAAAGCAGGAGUGGUGGUGGCUUUAUAUUGCAGACAGGAAAGAACAGACUUUAGUAUCUAUGCCCUAUCAUGUCUGUACACUUAAGGACACAGAAGAGGUUGAGCUUAGAUUCCCUGCACCAUCAAAACCUGGAAAUUAUCAGUACUCUGUGAUUCUAAAAAGUGACUCAUUCAUGGGAUUGGAUCAGAUAAAGCCAUUAAAGCUGGAGGUCCACGAAGCAAAGCAAAUGCUGGACAACCAUCCCCAGUGGGACAUCCCAGAGACAGAAGAGGAAGAGGAGGACCAGGAGGACAGCGACGGCAUCGAAGAGAGUGAGGAGGAAGAGGAAGACAACGAUUAAACAAAACGAUUGUAAUCGACUACUGUCUCCUGAUUUAAAAAAAACAAACAAUGAUGUUACACACAGUUCCGACACCUGCCAUUCUGUUUCUCUGUCCUCCCUUUUUUUAUUUUUUUAUAAAUAUAAAUGGCACCCCAAUAUCACAGCGAGGUCUGACAUUUAAGCUGUAGGUUUUGUGUGUGUACAAAUUCUGAUUGCCUCUCACGUGGGAGAUUCCGAGAACUCCCCUUCUGGCUGUGCCUAGAAAGAUGCCCAUAGCGUGCAUUAAACAGCUACUUGUUACUACAAUGACUGUGUUACUGGUAAUUUAAUUGGAAGUGAAGGUAAAGCUAUUUUUCUUGAAGGAAAAUAGAAGUAAAUAAGAAUUGCCCUUGGUAGGGGUAUCCAUGUUUUUUUAGUAUUGUAUAUUUUGGUUGGAUGCACAGUGAGUCACAAACAUUUGGGUAAUGGCGGUCUUUUCUAAAAGUGGAAAAUAAGGGUCUUCUUUGUGUGCUUGUUUUGUUGCUCUUUUUCUUUUUAUAUUACCUUUUUACUGCAGUACUGAUUUGAAAUAUAAUUUGGUGUGCUAGUUUGUGGGGAUGUUGUAACCAUGAAUACUGUGGUUUGACAGAUCAGCCACUCCGAUUUUCCUUCUCAUAAAACCGGUUAUAUAUUUGCCACAUUGAUGUCCGUCACAUAUCUUCAUUUAGUAGUACGUGGGACUGUGCAAGGUAUCUCCGCAGGGAUUUAAAUAUUUCCACAGUAAAUUCUUGGGUUUAUUAACACCUAAUUGUUAGAACUGCAGUUAUAAUAUAAAAUAGUGCGAUUUGUAUUUAAAGGGCAAUGUUGUUCAUCUCAUUACAAAGGUUUGGAUCCCUUUUAUGUAUUGCAAAAUUGAAAUUUGAAUUGAAUAGGCAUUAAGUUCAGCCUUAUAUUUAGGUGGUCUAGCAUUCAUGCUCAGUUUGAAAUCUUAUAGCAUAAAACACUCAAUUAAGCAUCAUGAGUCUGGUAUUGAAUUACAAUUUAGUAAGUUACAUUUUAAAAGCAUUUUUCAGAUUUAUUCCAUCUUUUCCAAAUCUGAAAAGAAGUCCUAGUUAGUUGGUUUAAGAAAUUUGGGUAAAUUUGGCAGUGUGUUUCACGAAAGCAAUAAAGCUAGACUAGCACUUUUACUAUAUGCAUGGGAUUGUAGUUCGGUAUAGUACACAAGCAUUUAUGAAAAAAUGCAUUGUUGCAGAUACCUUAUUUUCAUUGGUGAGCAUGAUGCAUAAUGUAGUAAGUCCAUUCCAGGUGGCUUUUUAAAGUGACAGAGGCUUAUACAAGUGUGUGGAAUAUCAGUAGUCCUGUCCACAAAUAUUGUCCAUUUCACUUUUUUUUUUUUUUCUUCAUUGAUGUGGAAGUGAUCCUUUAAGGGCUUUGGAGAGCCUUUUGUUGUUUUUCAAAAGGCUUUUUUGUGCUUUUUAAAUAAAAAAUUAAAAAAAAGAAAGUUUGCAGGAUUUAAAGGUUUAGAUAUACUGUACGUUUUAACUUUGGAGGCACUAUAGUGGGAACCCUCUUCAGAUGUGCCAGAAAAAAAGUGACCUAUAAUUCUUACUUAUUUAAAAUUCAAGUGUAUUGUUUUACAUGACUGAAAUUAGUUUUUUUUUUUUUUUUUUGGUUCUUUUAAAGUGGAUAGUAUCGGGCAAAAGCAGGGUCAUAAUAAUAAAAACAGCACACUAUCCUUUACAAUCAUGUAUUAUUCCAACACUGCAGAAUUUUAAAUAUACAGCUUAAGAGACCACUGCAAAAUUAUCAGUUUCUCUGGUUUUACUAUUUAUAGGUAUGUGUUUGGGUAAAAUGAACAUUUUUGUUUUAUGCUAUAAACUACUGACAACAUUUCUGCCAAAUUCCAAAUAAAAAUAUUGUCAUUUAGAGCAUUUAUUUGCAGAAAAUGACAAGUGGUCAAACCUUGUACUUGGCUUGAUUCAUGCGUCCUUCACAAAGACAAAUCUGCCCGAUUCCAGCCUUGCUGAAGCACCCCCAGAUGAGUCCAAUUUUCAGCUUUGCCCAACACCUGGUCGUCUAAUGGUUAGACGGAGACCUGGAGAGGCCUACAAGCCACAGUGUAUCGCACCCACUGUUAAAUGUGGUGGAGGAUCGGUGAUAAUCUGGGGGUGCUUCAGCAAGGCUGGAAUCGGGCAGCUUUGGCAUGAAUCAAGCCAAGUACAAGGUUGUCCUGGAAGAAAACUUGCUUCCUUCUGCUCUGACAAUGUUCCCCAACUCUGAGGAUUGGUUUUUCCAGCAGGACAAUGCUCCAUGCCACACAGCCAGGUCAAUCAAGGUGUGGAUGGAGGACCACCAGAUCAAGACCCUGUCAUGGCCAGCCCAAUCUCCAGACCUGAACCCCAUUGAAAACCUCUGGAAUGUGAGCAAGAGGAAGAUGGAUGGUCACAAGCCAUCAAACAAAGCCGAGCUGCUUGAAUUUUUGCGCCAGUAGUGGCAUAAAGUCACCCAACAUCAAUGUGAAAGACUGGUGGAGAGCAAGCCAAGACGCAUGAAAGCUGUGCUUGAAAAUCAGGGUUAUUCCACCAAAUAUUGAUUUCUGAACUCUUCCUAAGUUAAAACAUUAGUAUUGUGUUGUUUAAAAAUGAAUAUGAACUUAUUUUCUUUGCAUUAUUUGAGGUCUGACAACACUGCAUCUUUUUUGUUAUUUUGACCAGUUGUCAUUUUCUGCAAAUAAAUGCUCUAAAUGACAAUAUUUUUAUUUGGACUUUGGGAGAAAUGUUGUCAGUAGUUUAUAGAAUAAAACAAAAAUGUUCAUUUUACCCAAACACAUACCUAUAAAUAGUAAAACCAGAGAAACUGAUAAUUUUGCAGUGGUCUCUUAAUUUUUUCCAGAGCUCUAUAUAUGGAACACAUAUUGCCAUCCAAUUCAAGUUACUUUUUGUAGCGUAAGGAUCUCAAAUACAAUUUAAAAAGAUGUAUUAAUUGGAGGAAAUAUAGUGGCACACACACACUGGUGUGGAUGUGUUUUGGGGAAUUCCUGUGGAAAAGGAUGUGGGACCAUUUAUUAACUUUUUAAAACUCAUCUGAUCUAAUAGCUUUCAAAUACUAAUAGUUCUAGGGCUGGUGUCAAUACAACUGUAACUGAACUAAGCCACGGGAAAAAAUACAUCAGUUGAUUAAGGCAAUAUUGACGUUCUGUCUGUAAUGUAAAUGUAUCAGCAAAUUAAAAGUUCCUGGAUGAAAGCAAGACUCACUAGCUAUGACAAGCUGAUUCUUGUGGUUCCUUGUGAUAUAUAUGUAGCAAAAAAAUAAAUCCAUUUCAGAGUCCAGAAGACCAGACUUUAUUUCACAUCUGAUCUUUAUAUACCUUUUUUUUUUUUUUAAUGACUUUUUUCAAAGAUCUUCUUGCAGAAGUAUGGCAGACAGGUCUAUUUGUUCCUUACGGAGAUUAACUGUAAAAAUGGUGGAAACUUCUUUCAAAAUUUUGCAUUGCUAGUGUUGUAUCUGAAAUCGGUAUAAAUAUUGUACUGUUCAUUAAGUUUAUUUGUUGGGCAAAUACCAAACUGUAUACCAUCUGCUAUGUGUUGCAAAACAUAAUUUACACCUAGAAAUAGACCUUGUUUUUGGGGGGGGGGGGGGGGGAGAGUAUUUUAAGUAUUACUGAUCUGCAAGAUGCAGCAUUAGUUAACAUGCUGUGUGUUAAAAUACACCACAGUACCUUCAACAAACCAGCUGCAUCCUGUCUUAAUAUUUCAGGUCAAAAAGGAAUAAUUGCCCAAUGUUACAGUAUCUGCCAAUUUUGUUUACAAGAAAAUCGUCAUUGUAAAUGGGAAAUAUAUCCUUAUAUAUUCUUUGUAUUUAAAUAGUUGCAAAUAAAAUGGAAAGACUUUUUAAACUGUGA